AUGCAGAUCCUGGUUGGCGUGUUGUUGGGGGUUCACAUUGCGCAGUUCGUUCUUCGACGAGUGGAAGAGACCUUUUGUGAGGGAGAAUACUACACAUGCCAGGCGACAUCGUUCGCGAUCGGCACCGCAUCGUUGAUCUUUGCGGCUGUUCUUCACCACUAUGAACAUCUCCGUUCUCGCUCGGCGUCCGCUGUACUAUUUUUUUACUGGCUUUUCAGUGGUUUCGCGGGAGUUGUACAGCUUCGAUCAUUUAUUCUGUCGAGAUUGUACCAGGAUGAUCUUGUCGUCUUUGUUUUGCAAUGCGUCUUCGUCGCAAUCACCUUAGUCCAAUUCAUUCUGGAGAAUGUAGCAAAGCCAGGCACCUACUACAGCAGUUUGGACGAAGAUGCUGUGAGCCCGGAAGAAACUGCCAACAUCCUGUCGCGGUUGACAUUCCAGUGGAUGUGGCCCCUCAUGAAGCUCGGGGCCCAAAAGGAUCUUACAAUGGACGAUCUGUGGCACCUGAGGACCGUCGAUACCGCCGUCGUCACCGGUGGAAAGUUCCAGGCCAACUGGCAGAACGAGCUCUUGAGGAAAAAGCCAUCGCUGUUGCGCGCAAUCAUUGCGACAUAUGGCGCGUACUUUGGUUCCGCCGCUUUCUUCAAAGCUGGGCAGGACGCCCUCGCAUUCGUGCAGCCUAUCUUCCUCAAGAAAAUGAUGGAAUUCGCCGCAUCAUGGUCCGACAGGAAAACCAAAGACCAGAGCAUCGAACAAGGCUUCAUCAUCGCUGUGAUGAUGCUACUGACAGCGAUUACCCAAACGAUGGUCUUGCACCAGUAUUUCCAUAUCUGUCUAACCAGCAGCAUGCAGAUCCGUUCAGCCAUUGUCGCCGCAGUCUACCGCAAAUCCCUCUCCCUCUCCAACAUCAGCCGACAAGCCUCAACCGUCGGCGAAAUCGUCAACCUGCAGAGCGUAGACGCCGGCCGUAUCUCCGACCUCUGCUCUUACCUCCACAUUAGUUGGUCUGGCCCUUUCCAGAUCGCUCUCGCCAUCUAUUUCCUGCACCAAACCCUCGGCCCGUCCAUCUUUGCCGGCGUCGGGAUUAUGAUUCUCAUGAUCCCCGUCAACGCGUUGUUGGCUACCACCUCCCGCGAUUUGAAUAAAGUGCAGAUGAAGAAUAAGGAUACGAGGACGAAGCUGAUGGAUGAGCUGUUGAAUGGGAUUAAGGUUAUCAAGCUGUAUGCAUGGGAGAGGCCGUUUUUGAAGAAGGUGUUUGCGGCGAGGGAGGCGGAGUUGCAUACGUUGAGGAAGCUGGGAUACUUGUCGGCUGUGCAGAGUUUCACAUGGGCAUGCACACCCUUUCUGGUCUCCUUUGCCUCGUUCUCCGUCUACACCCUAGUAUCAGAAGAACCAUUGACCUCCUCAAAAGUCUUUGUCUGCAUCUCUCUCUUCAACCUGCUCCAGUUCCCCCUGAGCGUCUUCCCCAGCGUCAUCACAGCCAUGAUCGAAGCCUCCGUCUCCUUCAACCGCCUGUACAACUUCCUCCGCAACGAAGAACUCGACAAAAACGCCGUCAUCCGCGAACCCGCACACUUCCAACCCCUCACCCCCGACGCCCCGCGCAUCGACAUCCGCAACGGAACCUUCCGCUGGACCCAAGACGGCGCCAACACCCUCGACCACAUCAACAUGCAAGUCCGCGACGGCGAGCUGUUCGCCAUCGUCGGCAGCGUCGGCGCCGGCAAAUCAUCCAUCAUCUCCGCCCUCCUGGGGGAGAUGUACAAAUCGGCGGGUGAAGUGCAUCUCCGCGGCUCCGUGGCGUAUGUACCGCAGAACGCGUGGAUUAUGAAUGCGACGUUGAAGGAGAAUAUUCUUUUUGGAUUGCCGUACGAUGAGGAGUAUUAUAAGAAGGUGGUUGCGGCUUGUGGGUUGACGAGCGAUUUGGAGAUGUUGCCGGGCGGGGAUAGUGUGGAGAUUGGGGAGCGUGGGAUCAAUUUGUCAGGGGGGCAGAAGCAGCGGGUUUCUGUUGCCCGGGCGGUUUACUCUCGUGCUGAUGUGUAUUUGUUUGAUGACCCACUGUCGGCUGUGGACGCGCAUGUCGGACGACACAUCUUUGAGAAUGUGCUUGGACCCAAGGGUGUGCUGAAAAACAAAGCACGCGUGUUGGUGACGCAUGGCAUCCACUUUUUGCCCGAGACGGAUACUGUGAUGCUUGUGCAGGACGGCACGGUUGCCGAGAGUGGCAGUUACCAAUCGCUGAUGGACCAUGAAGGGUCCCUGUUCAACCUUAUCCGGGAUUUUGGGCAAGCCAAGCAUAACGGGUCUGACGAGGAGAACGACGACGUCGAAGCAGAAGGGUUAGCCCAACAAUCCGCAGGCCAAAGUCGCCGUCCCUCACACGCAUCGCUCAGCCGGCGCUCCUCAAAAGGCAGCAUCAAAGCCUCAGUAAGCGAAGCAGUCAACAAAGACGCCGUCGUAGCUAACAACGCCCUGAUCCUCAAAGAAGCCACCGCAGCCGGCUCCGUCUCCUGGGACGUCUACACCACCUACGCCAAAGCCUGCGGCAAACCCAUAGUAGUCAUCUACCUCAUCAUCGCCAUCGCCUCUCAAUGUCUCAGCGUGGCGCAGAAUGUCUACCUGGCCGACUGGGCGAACGAUAAUGAUCGCCAGACGCAUGGGGCGAAUGAGGGGGAUAGGAGAGCGAUAUUGAAGCGGUUGGCGAUUUAUGGAACGUUGGGUGUGAGUUACUCGGUUACGAUUAUUGGACAGGUGAUUUUUGCGUGGGUGGCUUGUGGGAUUCGGUCGGCGAGGAUUUUGCAUACGGAUAUGUUGGAGAGUGUUAUUCGCUUCCCGCAAUCGUUCUUCGACACGACGCCACUCGGACGAGUCAUCAACCGGUUUUCCAAAGACCAAUACACCGUCGACGAAGUGUUGCCUCGCACAUUCCAGGGCUACUUCAGGACUCUCUUCGCCGUACUCUCCGUCGUGGCCGUCAACGUCCUCGGCAGCCCCCUCUUCAUCAUCUUUGUCGUCCCCCUCGGAUUCCUCUACGCAUACUUCCAGCGCUUCUACCUCUCCACCUCCCGAGAGCUCAAACGUCUCGACUCGACCUCCCGUUCCCCAAUUUACGCUCACUUCUCGGAAACACUGGGCGGCGUCUCGACCAUCCGCGCGUAUCAGCAAGAAGGCCGCUUCAUCACCGUCAACGAGAACAAGAUCGACACCAACAUGCGCGCGUAUUACCCAAGUAUCUCGUCCAACCGGUGGCUGGCCGUGCGUCUGGAGCUGAUUGGGUCCCUGAUUGUGUUCGGAUCCGCGUUUUUCAGCGUCGCUACUAUCGCCAUCAAAGGCCAUAUCCCAGCUAGUAUCGUCGGGCUCAUGAUCACGUACUCGCUGAACGUCACGCAAUCCCUUAACUGGAUGGUCCGCCAGUCUUGCGAGAUUGAGACCAACAUUGUCGCCGUGGAGCGGAUCAAGGAAUACAUUGACCUCCCCCGGGAAGCGCCGUACGAGAUUCCGUCCGAGACCCCGCCCAGGGAGUGGCCGCAAGUGGGCCGCAUCGAUUUCAUCAACUACAGCACCCGCUACCGCACGGGUCUCGAGCUUGUCCUCAAGGACAUCUCCUUCUCCGUAAAAGGCCGCGAAAAGAUUGGGAUCGUCGGCCGAACAGGCGCCGGCAAAUCUUCGCUAACCCUCAGCCUCUUCCGCCUCAUCGAGCGCGUCUCGGGAAAAAUAGUCGUCGACGACGUCGACAUCGCCAACCUCGGCCUUUUCGACCUACGCUCCCGCCUCAGCAUCAUCCCGCAGGACCCUGUCCUGUUUUCGGGCACGAUACGGGACAACCUGGACCCGUUUGGGGUGUAUGAUGAUCAGGCGAUUUGGCGCGCGUUAGAGGAUUCGAGCUUGAAGGCGCAUGUGACGAGGAUGGAGAAGGGGUUGGCGAGUGUGGUGUUGCAGGGUGGGGAGAAUUUCUCGGUGGGGCAGAGACAGUUGAUCUGCUUGGCGAGAGCAUUGUUGCGGAAAACGAAUAUCUUGGUUCUGGAUGAGGCCACUGCUGCCGUUGAUGUCGAGACUGACACAAUCAUUCAAAAGACCAUACGCGAAGAAUUCAAAGACUGCACGAUCCUGACCAUCGCGCAUCGGAUCAACACCGUCAUGGACAGCGAUCGAAUCCUCCUCCUCGACCGCGGCCGCAUCGCAGAAUUUGACUCACCCGCCAACCUCCUGCGCGACAAGAAAUCUAUGUUUUACAGCCUUGCGAAGGAGGCGGGACAGGUUGCGUAG